AUGCAUCCAGCACUGCAAGCUCAGGGAACAGCUCAAUUGGGCACGGUUCAAGCUGAUUCUGAUGGCCAUGCUUCAUGGUUGGUGGAAAACACUACACUGAAACUCUGGAAUUUGAUUGGCCGUUCAGUAGUGCUGCAUGAUCUAACCGCUUCUUCCAGGUAUGGUUUGUACAUUACCCCGAAUUCUCGUAAGGAUUCAUCUGAAAUGCAUCCCACGAAACUUCUAGAGGUUGCAAACCAUCGAACCACAGGAAGCUCGUGCGCGCCCGGUGUACACCUGCUCAACAAACAGUCACCGGAAGAUGGAUGUACCCUCGUGACCGGUCGGACAUAUCUGGGACGCUGA